GGCAGUAUCCCGCGAACCGCCGUCGACUCCACACGUCGACUCGCUCGAGAUUAACACAAAAAUUUACAAAAAACAAAGUUUAUCGUUUCCUACAUUUUUACGAACUGCUUGCGAGUGAUUGCAAAGCACCAGUGGUCGUUAACAGUUGGCUAGUGCUCCUCCGCCGCGCCGGAGGUCCCAAAGGUUGCUAACGCCGCCAAAGUGUCUCCGAUAAAGUUGUCAGCGAUGGACAGCAACUCUGUUUCCCCGAUGCCGGAAUUGGCGCCAAUCGCGGAGUUUGACAAGUCUCCUCCUUCGCCUCCCAACGAGGAAGUGCCCAUGGACGAUUUGCCACCGCCGCCAGCUACCAUCACCCAGUCUGAGGGGAAGAAGAAAAAAGUACAACGAAGCCGCUCCUACGAGUCGGACGAGCAUGAGCGCGGCGCGUGCGAGUGGUGCGAGUAUGCCCUCGUCAUCACCCUGGCCACCAUCCUGCUCAUCGGAGUGUCAGCUCUCACCGUCUUCUGGAUGUUCUUCUACCGGGAGGGCUACGGCUGGGCUGAUGAUAUCCCGGAGAAGCAGUUCAACCUCCAUCCUACGCUUAUGGUCGCCGGGUUUAUCACGUUCAGCGGUUUCUCCGUGCUCCUAUACCGCAUCUGCCGUUGCUUCCGGCGCAUCUACGUGAAGCUCCUCCAUGCUAUCUUCCACGCGCUGGCCUUCCCCUGCAUCGUGAUCGGCUUCCUGGCCGUCCUGGACUUCCACAACAAGAAGGGCAUCAACAACUUCUACUCGCUGCACAGCUGGAUCGGAUUCGUCGCUAUGGGACUGUUUGGACUACAGUACGCCGUCGGUUUCUUCAGUUUCCUCCUGCUGUUGAUUUGCAACAAGGGUACCGCUGGGUUCCGCGCCUCCUUGGUGCCCGUCCACGCCGCCUUUGGUAUCCUGACCUUCGUACUUGGCGUCUGCGCCUGCCUCACCGGACUCACCGAGAAGGCUCUCUUCACACUUGGUAACUCUACAAUCGGAGAGUUCCAAACAGAGAACAGGAGCGACACUUACGCGUCGUGGUCACCCGAAGGCAUCGUGAUCAACGCCAUCGGCAUGAGCAUCGUGGCCGUGGCCAUCGUGGUCCUGUACACGGUCCGCGGGACCGGCGGCUACCGCCUGCGCAAGGUCGCGCAGAACCCAAGCUAAGCUGCUAGUGUGUUAGGCGGCUUUUAAUCUGUGUUACAUUUGUAGAGAUACCUACAAUACAUAAGGUCUGGUCGCAAGCUCGUAGAAUUGCUUCGUUGUUUUUUCGCUAUUACACGUUGCGAUAAGUCAACAAAGAAAUUAUUCGUGCCCUAGGAACGGCCCUUAACAACGCACAAUAGUGCUAAAAAUCUCUAGUUUUUGGUACCUUUUCAGGUAUCAGAGCUUUUAAUAACAACGCACAAAUAAAUUGGGAGACAGAUUAAUACCUAAAUAUCUACUUGUAAAACGUAACACAGAAUAAAAGUUGUCCGUUUCGCGAACGAUCAACACCAAUUUUAUAAAAUUAUUUACCACUUAAUAUUUCUCAAUACUUUCACAAUAAUUUAUUUAUUGUCACUAGAAUGUGUUCGAUACUAUAGGUUUUAAAGCAUUUAUAUUUCUUCAAAUUUUUAAUAUAUGAGUCAAUAAUGUUUAUGUCUAGGAGCGUUUUUGCAUUACGCAAUGCGAUAUCGCAGCGUUAAAACACAUACCUAGCAAUGAGAAGGAAGGGUGAUUUUGUAUGUCGAACAAAAUAAUAGUUAUUGCAAAAAAGGCCAAAUAUAUAAGUACAAGCGUUUUCGGUCUAUCGCAUUGCGUAAUGUGGAAAGGCUUCAAGCAUGUUAUGCUGCGGCAUUAUUUAGCUCAAUUUUGCUACGUAUCAGUAAGUGUUGUAAGCUAUCCCGGCGAACGCGCCCUGCGGUUGUGCAUUUUCCUUUAUGUAUACCUAGUGACCAUGAUAUUCCGUCUUUGAUGAUGUAAAUAAAGCAACAUCUCGAACUCACCACCAGUUCUAUACCAAUAGGUUUAACCGAAUCAACGAAAUUAACCUUUUCGACGUCCCUGUAAUCGCUGUUCUGUGGUAAAUUAAUAUACAUAGGUUAAAAGGCCCGUGUACAUAGAAUAUUUCUGAUCAUUUUCUACUAAUAUUAAGUAAGGGACAACUGACAACUCAAUUUACUAUAGAAUUUACAAUAAUUAUACAUGUAUGCAAUUUACGAUUGUUAAAACGCAGCAUUCUGCGUCUGCGUGCGAAGUACCCUGUGUGCACGGGCUUUUAGUUGUUAUUUUAACGUGUAGCGAAAUGUAAUCUUUAAUUCAACUUAAAAUCGGUAUAAAAAUAAACCAAGUCAAAAUUUUUAAUCUUAUUUUAGGUAUAUCAAAUGUAAGUUUAAAACAGUGGCCAUAUUUAAGCUACAAAAUAAAUUGGGUACGUAGAGUUGAUAGUUGUGGUAAUAACAACAAAUAAAAAGAUUUCUAUUAAAAAAUUAACCUAAUAAUAAUUUUCUUACCUAAAAUUUUGUAGCUCUUUCAAAGUUUUUCAGACGCAAAAUAAUUCGUAUGUAUUCAGCGUAUGAGGCCAAAACAUGCACAACUGUAUCAACUCUACCUACUGUUGAAGUUUUAUGUUAAUUUGUAGUACGUAGUGUUAAGUUUACUUAUAACGUGUAUAUAAAGUAAUUAUUGUAUGUGCGAGUGUUCGAUAGCAGUAGUUUGUGGGAUAUGUAGUAUAGUUAACAGUUAACACGUUACCUGCGACUGUCGCGAGACAAGUUAUUCUGUCUUUAACCCCCAAUGCCUGUUUUCACCAAUCACCUCCUCACUUAAGUUAAGUGUCUCCUAGCGGCCAUUAAAGGUAUGAAUCUUUUAAGAUUUCACCAACAUUUGUUGGUCACAAAAUGUCCUCGAUUUAAGGACCCUAUAAGGACACAUUGAAGUUGGUAAAAUAUUUUAAUCUUAAGAGAUACACGACUCUAAAGGACCGUAAUGACACUAAUUAUCGUUAGGGGGCAGUUGGUGAAAAUGGGCACUACAUUUUGAACCAGGGGGUUGAAUACGGAACCCGACUUUUAACAAUUUACAUGCGAGUACUGUAUCUACUCCGUUUAAAAAUCUAAGUAGUUUUUACUCUUAUAUAAAUUUUUAUCGAACCAUUUUAAUAAUAGAUCGUGGAUUAGUGUCGACUUUAUUUACGAUAGUAUUUAUACAAGGUUUAGACGACGCUUUACAUCUACAGAACGUGUUCAACAUCGUUGCCAAAUUCGAUUAUCUUGUGGUAAUGUAAGGUAGGAGGCGCGCUGCAAUAAGACUUUAGGCCAAAUUACCUGUAACAUUUUAAAAUUUUUGAGGUUAUAACAACCACAGAUAAAAAAAUCUCUGGUGUUAAAAAGGUUCCAAAUUUAAAAAUAUAUUUUUUAUGUUAUUGGAAUUUCGUUCCAGUGUUUAUUCAACCAUUUCACCAAAACGUCUCGCAGCGCGACUUCUACAGGUGUAGUGUAUUUUAAAUUUUAAUAUAGAAUAAUGCUCAAUGUAUUUAUACGAGGGUACCCAAUAUUGUAUUAUUUUCCUUGUGUAGACAAUGAGUGAGUUUUAUAUUGAUUAGAUGAAUGUUAUUUAUAUUCCAUUUUUGUAAAAAUCUUACAUUCCAGUGAGUUUAUGGAAUUUUCUAAAUUAUUUUACACGCAUCCGAAGACUGUAAGACGAUAUCAAACAAAGCGGAUCGCAAUAGUUUUAUUCCAGAAAGUACAUAUACAAUUUUAAAUAUUCCAGGUUUUGAGAAUCCCUAAAAUUUGGGGCCAAGUUUUAUACAAAAUAUUUUUCACAGAUUUUAGACGACCGUUAGUUCCGUGCUUGAGUUUUUGAUGACUAAUACAUAAAACGAGAUCAACUUUAGUCAUUGAAGAUUUGUCAUAGAGUAGUCACUGCACUAAAUAGUACCUAGGUAUUUUAGUUGAGAUACAUACACAAAUCCAACCUUUA